AUGGCGGCCCACCGGAUCAUCAGAGUGACCAACAGUAACCAUGUUCUCCCUCGCUGCAAAUCGGAGGGCACGCUCAUUGAUCUCAAUGAAGGGCUCUCUGAGGCUAGCCUCACAGAUGUCAAAGUGCCUUCUUCCAGUGCCUUACGGCUGGACAAUUCAGCUUCCUUUGUAACUGCUCGUGAAGUAGUCGCCAUCAAGGAUUACUGCCCAUCUAGCUUUACCACGUUAAAGUUUUCCAAAGGUGACCGGCUUUAUGUGAUGGACACGUCGGGUGGAGAGUGGUGGUAUGCCCACAACAACACAGAGAUGGGCUACAUCCCCUCAGCAUACGUCCAGCCCAUCAACUGUAGGAACUCAUCGCUCAGCGAUAGUGGCAUGAUAGACAAUAUAGGGGAGUGUACAGAGGAAGGGGCUAAGGAGCUGGAUCUCCUAGGGGAGUGGACAGGGGUGUCCGUUAAGACCACUCCUUAUUCGCCUUAUUUUAACAGCAACCCCUUCUCCCUCCAUACCUCCUCCACCAACCCCUUCAUCAACAGUGCUCAUCUACAUGGUUCUCUGGACCAGAACUGUAAUGAGAGGGGAAGGUCCACGGACCUGUUCGUCUUUGACUCCCUGGCCUCCCCUUCGGAACCUAACUCUACCUCCAGCACCACCAUGAUCAAUGGCUUUAGUAGCUGCAACAUAUUUGACAUGAUGACAGCCACCAGCCCCAACCAGGACUUACAGGUUUUACAGACACUGCGAAGGGAUAACCCAUUCUUCAGGAGCAAGCGAUCGUACAGUUUAUCGGAGUUGUCCAUCCUACAGACGCAAUCCAACCCCCCCUUGCCUUCUUCCGGGUUCUUCACCGGCCUCAAGGCUCCCUCGCCAGAGCAGUUUCAGAGCAGGGAGGACUUCAGGACUGCGUGGCUAAACCAUCGGAAGCUGGCCAGAUCUUGCCAUGACCUGGACUCUCUGGGGCAGAGCCCUGGUUGGGGACAGACUCAGCCGGUGGAGACCAACAUUGUCUGUAAACUAGACAGUCGUGGAGGGGCUGUUCAGCUCCCAGACACCCAGAUCAGUGUCCAUGUCCCUGAGGGACACGUGGUUCCUGGAGACACCCAGCAGAUCUCCAUGAAGGCCCUACUGGACCCUCCACUGGAGCUGAACAAUGACCACUGCUCCACAGUCAGCCCAGUGGUGGAAAUCAAACUGUCCAACAUGGAGACCAAGUCAUUCAUCACUCUGGAGAUGACUGUGUCCGUGACGGUGAAGAAAGACAGUGGUCAGGUAGCUGAGGUGCUCUGCGUCCGGAGUGACUGCAAGGAGGGACCCUAUAUAAUCAUCCCACAUGCUUACCUAUACAAGGACACAGUACAAGUCCAGUUGGAUAACUUGGAGCCGUGUAUGUACGUGGUGGUAGUGGUGCAGGCCCAGCACAUCAACCUUAAUACAACUGUAUGGGACAAUGUGUUGAAGAAAGUCACCCUGGGUGUCUAUGGGCCCAAGCACAUCCAUCCUUCGUUCAAGACGGUCGUGGCCCUAUUUGGGCAUGACUGUGCCCCUAAUACCCUACUGGUGAGUGAGGUGGGGAAGCAGGCCCACUCCGCCCCUCCAGUGGCGCUCACGCUGUGGGGGAAGCAUCAGUUUGUCCUGGGACGGCCCCAGGACCUUCAGGUUGGCCUAUACUCCAACAUGUCUAACUAUAUGAUCAAGGCUAAUGAGCAAGCCAGGAUUAUUCGGGCCUUCCAGGUCAAACUGGGGAAGGUUAGCCGACUCAUUUACAUGAUCACAUCCAACAACCCUGAGGACAUAUCAGACUUCACCUUGCAGGUCCAGGUCAAAGACGGCCUGGACUGUAUCCUGGCUCAGUUCUGCGUCCAAACACCGCAACCGCCUCCGAAGAGUGGAGCGCGGAACACCGGCCACAGGAGGUUCCUGAAGAAGAAAGAGGUGGUGGGUAAGAUUAUUCUGUCACCUCUGGCCAUCACUGCCAAAUAUCCACAGUUUCAGGAGCGCUGCAUCACCAACCUGAAGUUUGGCAAGUUGCUCAAAUCUGUGAUCAGGCAAAACAAGAGCACAUACCUGUUGGAAUACAAGAAGGGAGAUGUGAUCGCCUUGCUGAGCGAGGAGAAAAUCAAACUACGAGGACAACUGUGGACCAAAGAGUGGUAUAUUGGAUAUUAUCAGGGAAAGACCGGUCUUGUUCACACAAAAAACGUUCUGGUUUUGGGGAAAGUCAAGCCUAUUUAUUUCUGUGGUCCGGACCUCACGACGACCAUGCUAGUGGAGCAGAUUCUGAAGCCUUGCAAAUUUCUCACAUACAUCUACGCCUCUGUGAGGACGGUACUCAUGGAAAAUAUAGGGAACUGGAAGGCCUUUGCAGACGCACUGGGAUAUGGGAACUUACCUUUGUCUUGUUUCUGUCGGACUGAACUGGACAACGAGCCUGAGAAGGUUGCGUCGGUUCUGGAGAAGCUCAAGGAGGACUGCACUAACAUGGACAUCAAGGAGCGGAAGACCUUCCAGAAGGAACUCAUGACAGCCCUGUUGAAGAUGGACUGCCAGGGUCUGGUGGCCAGGCUGAUCAUGGACUUUGUCCUGCUGACCACGGCCGUGGAGGUGGCCCCGCGCUGGAGGGAGCUGGCGGAGAAGCUGGCCCGGGUGAACAAGCAGCAGAUGGAGCAAUACGAUGCUCCACACAGGGACAAGAACGGCCUGGUGGACAAUGAGUCAAUGUGGAAGCCAGCCUAUGACUUCCUGCUGACCUGGGCGGCUCAAAUCGGGGACAGCUACCGGGACGUGAUCCAGGAGCUGCACCUGGGCCUGGACCGGAUGAAGAAUCCCAUAACCAAGCGCUGGAAGCACCUCACCGGAACGCUCAUUCUGGUCAACAGCCUAGAUACGUUACGCAGCUCUGCCUUCAGCCCUGUAGGACAGGGGGACUAUGCCAUUUGA